GCAAGCUAGCCGUGGAUCAGUUCAGCCCAAGAGACAGGACUGGGAGGACGUUCUUUUGUUGCCUAAUUUUGUGAGAGAACUUAUAGAAUUCUGAAGAGACUUAACAUUUCGCUUGGAUAUUAAAGUAAAACUAUGACCAGAAGUUGUCAGAAUUUGUAGUGAAUGAGAACAAGUGUACGUCGUGUAGUGUUUAAACGAGAGACUUGAAUGCCGACGAUGACCACCUUCGGGAGACUGUGGCGGCAGUACGUGCCUGCCAGAGUGAGCGAGUUGCUGGCUGUAGUGAGCGUCACAUCCACCUGCAUGCUGUUUAUCCACACGAGCAGCCUACAGUCCCAGCUGGCUGUGUACACCAACAACAUAGACCAUUCCCUCACCGCCCACCACCCCAACAGUUAUUUUGGUUCUGCCGUCGAUGAACCCGAAGGCUCCUCCCGCCACAAAUCAAAAUUCGGUGGUUAUGAUUUGGAUGAAUUCCGAAAUAUUGACCCUAAAACACUGAAUAACACAGUUCAUCACCACAAGAUGACUCUGGUGUUCAACCGUGUUCCCAAGGUAGGGAGCCAGAGCACCAUGGAACUACUCCGCAGCCUCAGCUAUAAGAACGGUUUCACCUUCCACAAGGAUCGUCCGCAGAAAGUUGAAAAUAUUAAACUUACCGAAAGGGAACAGAGGCGCCUGGUACAGCUAGUUGACGUGUUCCGUCCACCGUCAGUCUACGUCAAGCACGUCUGCUACAUGAACUUCACCACGUAUAAUUUAACACAACCGAUCUACGUUAACAUGGUCCGUGACCCAGUGGAGCGCGUUAUCUCCUGGUACUACUACGUGAGAGCCCCUUGGUACUUUGUGGAACGCAAACAGGCAUUCCCAGAGUUGCCUUUGCCUUCUGCUGCCUGGCUUCGAAAGGAUUAUGAGACUUGCGUCUUAACAGGAGACCGGGAGUGCCAGUACCGAGAAGGGGAUGAGCGUUCAGACUUUGCCCAGCUGACAGAAUUUUUCUGUGGACAGGAGAAGAAAUGCACCGGAUUCAACACAGAUUACGCGCUGCAGAAAGCUAAGGAAAACGUUGAGAAGAAUUAUGCAGUGGUGGGAGUGCUGGAAGACCUCAAUACAACUCUUACUGUCCUCGAACACUACGUCCCCAAGUUCUUCAAGGGAGCCAAACACCUCUACUGGAAUGAGGUGCAGAAGUUCUCCAAAGUGAACCGCAACAUAUACAAGCCCACAGUCUCCGAGAAGAUCAAGGACAUCGUUAGGAAAAACUUUACCAGAGAAAUUGAAUUUUAUGAAUUUUGUAAAAGAAGGAUGUACAUGCAGUAUGCUGCUCUUAAUCUUCCUGAUAGUUAUUAAGGAUAAUACCCUAAUUUAGACACAAUUAUCUUCAUUUAGGCAUGUAGUGUAUGUAGGUUAUAUUGAACUAGGGAUCACUGUAGCAGAACACAUCUAAAGAUUUUGACAAAACAGGAAUGAAUACCUGUUGCACUUCACCACAUACCAUAGUGGCCUGUAAGAGUAAAGAAAUUAUCUUCUCUACAUGUAUUGUACUAUAAAAAAUAUUAAAUAAGCAUUUUUUUUAGCAAAUUUAGAAAAUAUUGUAAUAAUACUCUUGUCAUAAUCUAAUAUUGAUUACCUUAUUUACUUAAUGGCCAUCCAAACUAGAGGUGGCCACCCAAACUAGAGGUGACCGUACUGAGGAAAGUAGGUGAAUGGUCAGUGUAGGAUCCUUCUAUUGUUCUUGAUAGUCAUACCUAACAUAAUGUAAUUCAAGUACACAAUCCAUCUGUAACUAGAUGUAACCUAACCAUACCAAGGUUAGGUUAUAUUUAAGAUAAACUUGGUUAGGUUAGGUUAGGUUAGGUUAGGCUAGGC